AUGAUCUCCGGCGGUGAGGGAUCACGCUCUCUCGGCACUGCGUCAGCGGGGCUAAGCGCCCUGAGGGAUGUGCUGGAGGCUGUGGACACGAUGCCCUUCGUGAAAUACCUCGCAUCAGUCGGAGUACAGCUUCUACAAUAUGUGAUUGAGAUGCAGAUUACGAACGAUAUGUUCAGAAAUCUGGCACUUCGCGCAAAGGAUGUAAUCGUAGCAGUGGCUCGGUCAUGCGAUGGCCUACAACCAUUGGCCGCCCAUCUUGAGAGCGAUCUUCGCCAGCUCACCAAUACCAUGAACGACAUACUUUCGUUUGCCGCGGAGAAGGCUUCUCGGGGCACCUUGAGAAAGUUAUGGAACAAGUCAGAAGAUGCCGCCUCGGUAAAAGCUCUGGAUCUUCAGUUGACGCACGCGUUUCACAUCUUCCAGAUACAAUCAGACGUAACCACUCGACGCCAACAGGAGGUGAUGAUACAACAACUGGCCAACUUGUCCGUGUCUCCACCCCCUGCUCGUUCAGACCCUAUCAUAGACCGCCCACUUCGCGUUCAGGAGGGCAUAUACCUGAUCAGGAAUGCGGCCAACGGUAACGUCGCAGAGGUUGAGGACUUCAAGCCCUACGGCCAUGUACAAGCGGUACAUGCUUUCAUGGUGCCCUUCACAACGCGGCCAUCACAAACGCAACUGUGGGUCGUUCAGAGGCAUGCCCAUAAGGACUUUGACUUUGUCAUACGGAGUUUGGCCACAGGAUACGCUCUCAAUGUUGUUCAUAACCAUGCUCGUGACGGGGCUAAGGUUGGAGGCUUUCCAUGGGAGCCUGGCGCGGGGAAUGAGAUCUGGUCUUUCUGGGGUACGAGACAAGAACCUUCUGGAGACUUCUGCACAAUCCGAAGUGCCAGUCUUCCGACCGUUUUAGACGGCUUCUGUCCCAGAGACAGCUCUGAAUGCCGCAACUUGCACGCAACUCGCGUCAAGAACGCAGCACCCAGCGCCUCCCAAGAAUGGCAACUCGUACCUCUCGCUUCGCUACCUCCAGGGUCGAGUGUAUCCCCCGCUCUACAUCGCCGUCGUCUCUUGCUACAAAACGUUCAAACGGGGACCUACGCAACCCGAAUCGAAACUGAAGACUCUGAAGACCCGAACGUUGUCUUGACCUCUUCACCCUCGUCUGCCAGUUCUUGGUCGUUUCUGUACAUCGAUAACUAUCGACUCGACCGCUUUGCUAUACUCAGCGGCGCUGCCGAUCCGUACACUCUCGAUCACUGGGGUGGGUCGCACAUCAACAUAUCAAGGUAUAUGCCCCAUAAUCCGAAUCACAAAUGGACAGCAACUGCCCGCGAUGGUGCAUUCAUCUUUCGAAAUAACCUGACCGACGACUUGCUCGCCGCCCGUGCUGGUACUGUCGACACGCUACCUCUGAGCGCGCGUAAUGAUCCGACAUGCCACUGGCGCUUGAUUGAUUCGACAACGCGGGAACACGUCCGAGUGUUGUAUGACUCGGUAUUGUCGCUGCCACCUCCCGAGCUCGCAGGCCCUCUCAGCUCAGAGACACCACGAGCAGCGACGACGGCACUCUUCCUCCGAACCGGAAACGCAUCGCCGGAGAUGCAACUCACAUACUCGAAUAGCUUCAGGCGGGAACAUGAAACGAUCCGGACGAUGUUACUGGAAGGUUACAAGGCAAUUGUAUAUGCACCUCGUACAAUCAUGGCAUGGAGGGAGGGAGAUAUCAAGAAGGUAGAAAUGGUGGAUGAUGAUGCGGAGUUCAAGUGGUCGUGGGAGGAUUUUGAGCCCUGCUCCUAG